CCGCGUCCCGUUCCGCUCUCAUUGUCACUCCGGCUCUCCUCACACACGCACACACACACGGGUAUUAGUGCCGCUCAGCAGCCUGAACCUCCAGAAGCCACUGCCUCGCCCCCCCUCGAGCCCUCUUUGCAGACAAAAAGCUGCCCUACCCCACCAGGUCUGAGCAAACGCUUCAACUCAGCAGUUGUCUUUGUCACCCAUCAGUGAAGACAGCCCUUCAAGUUAGGUGACCCGUCUCCCCUCCCCGGCGUCCCAGCAGGCAGGCAUGGCAGACGGUCGGCAGCCGGACGAGCACUGGGCCUCAAACGGCCAGGAGAACGGCGAGAAUGGCUACUCCGCCUACAGCUCUGCCUACAGGGAGAACGGAUACCACGGCGGGGCGGCUGCGCAUCCUGGAACGACAGUGGAUGACUCAGCCAAUUUGCCUCCCUCCCCUCCCCCCUCUCCAUCCGCUGAGCAGAUUGGGCCCGUGGCACAAGAAGAUAAAGUAGAGGUUGUCAGUCAACAGCAGGAUGAGGAGGAGGAGGAGAAGGCUCCAGAGGAGCCCCACAGUUACCAGGAGGAAGUGGCAUAUGAGCAGCCUGCAGCCUUGCUCUUAGAGCAGACAGAUUAUUUAACAGAGCCCCAGGCUUUGGGCUGCCAGCAAGCCCAGACACCUGAGGUCCUCAAUGGAGGAAGUCAUCAAGGUGAACACAGCCCAUCACAACAAGCCCAGCCAGAAGAAUGCAUCAGUAAGGCAUCUUGUGAGUCUGCUAUGAAAGAAGAUGAACCUCAAGUGGCGUCGCUACAUGGGACGCUGUUGGCGGUUGAAAGAGCAACACCUGAAGGUGAAGAACUUGCCUCGAUUGAACCUUCCCCGCCCUCUAUGAAAGAGAAAGAGCACUCAUCAAUUGACCAAGACACAACGGAUGUAGUAGAAGAGGUCGCUGAGAGCCACCUGCUUGUAGAGUCCAAAGAAAAAGAAGAAAAACAACCUGUUCUGACAGAGGAGGAAGACAAAGAGGGAGUUAUCUUACCAAGCAAAUCAGAAGCCCCUAUGAAUGAAAGCAAAGAAAAAGCAGGGACAGUUGAGGGCCAAGAUAGUGGCAGUGACAUUAGAUUGCAUGAAACGCCAGUGACUGACAUUCAAAAAGGGGACCAAAGACAAGAAACGGUCGAGUCAAGUCCAGAACUUGGCACAGAGUUGAAAUCGGCAUCAGAUAUUUUUGUAGAACGCGAAUCCGGAUACUUUGAGACAUCUUCAAAAAGCCACGAAGAGGAGUCAUCCCAAACCCAGAGCUAUUACGAACUCAGCACAGCAGCAGAGAAAAAGUUAAGCGAGGACACUAAAAGCAUUGUGCAGAAGCUCGAGGAACAACCGGAGAGAAAAGCCAGAACAUCUCCUGGUAAGGUGUCGCUGGAACAAAGAAGCCUCUCCUUGAACGUUGCUGUUGGGUCUUUGGUAGUAAAGGGAGAGACGUUAAGGACUUUGUGCCCAAUCAGCGGAAGCUUUGAUGAAUCUGAGGUUUACCCUUCAACACCAUCUGUUGAGAGCCAACACCAGUUUCCAACAGCUGUCUCCAUUACCCCGACUACCACUGAAUCACCUGAAGAUACCCCCACCAAGGCAGACACGCCUUCCCCUUCUGAUAAGCACAAACAUUUGGAACAUUCAGGCAGCCUCUCUGAGAUGUUGGACCUGGCUGGAGACCUACCUCGCCCAUCGUUAGAGAAGAGGGAGCUUGAUCACAUGAGGCGAAAGUCCGUGCCCGCCAAUGUGUCAGCUCUAAUGGGGAGUUCUUUGGCCAAGCUCGCAUUGGGAGAUCAAGCCUCGAGAGUGGUGGAAGGGGAAAGCCAGCUGGAGGAAGUGGGCUACUGUGUUUUCAAUGAGUACUCGGGGCCCAUGCCUUCUCCUGCUGAUGUACCCAGUCCUGGGGACUCUCCACACCAGCGUUUCCCUUCUAUGGAGAGUGAAGUUGAGGAGGAGCUAGGGGCAUCAGAAGUUGAAGGUGUUCAAAAAGGAACUCAAGGAAUUCUCCCUGAAGUUUCCCAAAAAACAGUGUUUGAAAAGAAAGAUGCACCAGUAAAGAGUACCCUGAGUCUUGAAAGAGCCGUGACAAGUGGAGUAAAACCUGAUCGUCUAAGAAUCCCAAUGACUUCUUCAAAAGACAGACUGACUGAGUUUCGUUUGGAGAGUGGCCUGCCCGGUGACAUAAAGAUCCAAGCAAUCCCUGAGGUAGACGUUGAAAAAGACCCCUCCAGAGAGGCUUCUCCCAUCCCACCAGACAGUUCCUUUACUUUCACUCCUCUGGAAACUGGAAGCAUGGUUCCCCUAACUCCCACUACCCCCAAGUCCCCAGAUGAUAUUCCCUCAGAAACCCAAUUCACUGGAGAGAAGGCAGGGAAAGAUGUCUUACUGGAGGUCAAAGCAGAGGAUGAUCCAGAGCCUGAGAGGAUUGAUAGUAAACAGACAGAGUUAAACAAAGAAAUGCAGAAAUCUGAAGAAUCAGAAGAAAGAAGGGAUGAACCAGAACUGCCAAACAUACCUUCAGCAUCAUCUCAGUCUUUAGGAGAGAGCACAGAAAAGGAUGUCCAGAAGAUUCAAAGUGAGCAUGGGACACCUAGAAGAAUAGAAAAGCAAGAGACCUCAAAGGCUGUUAAGGAUUUAAGCACUGGAAAGGCCUUAGAUGAGAAAGAUGCCCAAAUCCAGUUACAGAAGGUCGAUGCACCAAAGCCACAAAUAUCUUCCCCAGUCAUUAUUAUACCUCAAGCACAAGUAGAGGAAGAAGCCGAUGAAGAGGAUGAUAUUGAGAUUGCUGAAGAGCCUCAAGAGGUAAUGGAGGAAGUGCCUGAGAGUCCAAUCAAGGUGAGGCUGACGGUAGGCGAUCAGUUGGGGGAAGAAGAUCCCAAGUCUGGAGCAGAAGAAUGGAGUCACAGUGCGAUAAACAGUGAUGGGGACCCCGCGACAGACAGUUCGCACUUGUCUCCAUGCUCUGACCAUGAUCUACCACUGCAACUGGAUGAAGGUGGCGGCAGAGAUGAUGGGACAGGGGAGGAUAAAGUAGAAGAAGACAAUAGGGAUGAUGGAACGAAAGAAGAGGGUGAGGUGGUAAAGGAAGUCCUAACAGGGGAGAAGCAAGUUGGUUCUGAUGGGGUAGGCGAAGAGAAAGAGAGGAAAACAAUGGAGGAUGAGGGGCAGGAGAGGAUAGUUGAAGAGGAGAAAGACAUUGAGAUUGGUCAGGAGGUGGAAGAGACCUCCGCUGUGCUCUGCCAGACCAGUCAGGCAGCUAACGAUGAAACCACCAUGGACGUCUCCAUCCUAGAUACAGACAGUGGCUGGAUGGACUCACAAGAUGAUGACAAAAGUAUCAUGACUGAGCAAAUCGAAGCCCUUCCUCAGGUCCAGAGUCCUACCAGUACACCUGUGGUGGACAGACCCGCUAAACGGGCCCCUGGCAGAGGAAGGGGCCGCCCUGGCACCACUGAGAGUAAAGUGUCCCGCAAAGUCCCCAGCCACCAUCCACCAAGAGAGGAGAUGAAGAAGAAAAAAGUAGCUGUGAGGAGGGCUGACCAGAGUAAGGUGUCAGCCCUCCAGUGUCGCUCUCCGUCUCGAAAGAGUGUAGCCAAAGCGGCGGCCAGACAUCCUAGGCCCGCUCUGCUUCACGGCUCUGCUAGACGCAAGGUCACAGGUAUGGAAAGCCAUCAGCCCCUCAGUGUGGCCCACCAGUCCAGGGAGAGGACCACUGAGAGAGCGUACCGCAGCCCGGAGAAGAGGUCGUCCUUGCCGAGGCCCGCCAAAUCUCUGACGCGCCACAUCCCUGCUGCUGAACAGGACGACAGCACCCCCUCCAGGCCGACCUCGAUCCAGUCCAGAGCGGACACCAGGUCUGGAAGAGCCCCUGGUAUGGCAGGUUCAGAGUCUGCGCGUUCCCGAUCAGUCCGCAGCGGCGCCUCCACCCCCGGCUCCACCGCCGUCACGCCCGGCAGCCCACCCACCUACUCCUGCCGCACCCCCGGCUCCCGCACGCCCGGCAGCCACACGCCCAAGUCCUUCAGCGUCCUCCAGGAGAAGAAGGUGGCGGUGAUCCGAACCCCGCCCAAGUCGCCGUCCUCCGUCCAGCGGCAGCUGAAGGUCCUCAACCAGCCCCUGCCUGACCUGAAGAAUGUAAAGUCUAAGAUCGGGUCCACGUCCAACCUCAAUUACAUGCCGAAAGGCGGACAGGUCAUGAUCCCAAGUGUUAAACUGGACUUUAGCCACGUUCAGGCUAAAUGUGGCUCCCUGGACAAAAUCCAGCACGCGGCAGGCGGCGGAAACAUCCAAAUCCAGACCAAGAAGGUCGACUUGAGCCACAUCCAGGCCAAAUGUAACUCCAUGUCCAACAUCCGCCACAGACCAGGAGGAGGUCAUGUGCGCAUUGAGAAUGUGAAGCUGGACUUUAAAGACAAGGCCCACGCCAAGGUCGGCUCUCUGGGCAACACCAGCCACACUCCUGGAGGGGGGAACGUUAUGAUCGAGAGCCACAAGCUGACCUUCCGGGAUACAGCCAAAGCUCGGGUGGACCACGGCGCAGAAAUCGUCAUCACCCACUCCCCCGGGGUCGAGACGGGAGGCACGUCCCCUCGCCUGUCCUCCUCCGGCAGCAUCAACGUCCUGGAGUCGCCCCAGCUCGCCACGCUGGCCCAGGAUGUCACCGCCGCCCUCGCCAAGCAGGGCUUAUGAGCGUGCUUCGUAUAGCCUCACGACACCAUUCCUCCUCUUCCCAUCAUUCACCCAUAAGCAUCCAGUGUUCUCCCGAGGUCCUUUACUGCAACACGACCCCCCCAAACACUUGACCCCACAGUAGUUGAUUGACUGUCUCGUCCAUCAACGACCCUUCCAGUCCUUCCGGUGGGAUUUUAAAAAACUGAAUUCUAAGAUUAUUCUUCAUUCACGCCCAGUCAGUCUUUAUUUCUCAUUCAUUUUCAAAUAUGGACUUUUCUGUUUUGUUCUAGAUCGGCUGAAUGCUGAAGGUUUCAGUGUUUGUCUAAGAAGGCGUUGACGGUUUUGCGAUUGUACCGUGAUUUUAUUAGCGUGAUCACAUUCCACUUGUACGCGGGAUAAACGGUAACUCAUGCAUAAUGUUCAUUCAGAAUUUAUAUGGUACUGAAUGCGAGGAAUAGCUACUAGACGCUAGUCUUAAAGAUACAACUGUGUGAGAGACGUAACUUACAGAAACAUGGCUUGAGAAUGGCUGACGAGCAUGUCUGCUAAAAUGUGACAUGACAUUUUUGUUUGUUCGUUGGUUAUGAUUUCCUGAUAUGUGCUGAUGAAUCGUGUCAUGUAUUCUUUUUAUAUAUAUGUCACUGUAGUGGAAGUUGUUACAGUUUUGUAUGUUCCCUGUGGCUGCACUGGCUUAUUAGCACUUAAAUGUGGAUAACCACUGCAGUUAUGUCGAGUCAAGCGCUUAAAGGCUAGCUUUCCAAUAGAUUUUUCUUUUCUUUUUUUCUUAUUUGCAAACCAAUGGGCUGCUCUUUUUGUUUGGUUUUACAUUAGCGCUGUGAUUUUAUUAGGCUACGACAAUGCUGUUAUGCUGGCAUGGCAAUUAAAUAAUAAAUAAAUUAGAUCUAUUUGGAGCUUAAACUUUUCAGCGUGAGUGUAAAUGACCGGGAUGCAUUCUAGUGUCUCCUCAGAUCCCUAAACGGCUCCUGUGAUCUUUCUCCUUUUGCAAAGACGAUGUAUUUGAAUGGGCAAAGUUUCAAAAGUGGAAAAGUAUGAAGCUUUAUAUGAAAACAUUCCAUUAAAAGAGCAGCUACCUGGCCCUUUUUGUGUGAUCGAACCAGUAACAUUAAAGGGAAAUGAAAGCAGAAAUGAAGAAUGGGAGUAACCCUCAACUUGCAACUGUUAAAAUUCAUUUAAAAAAAAAAAAAAAAAAAGAAUAAAAAUAAAACUGUUCUAGCAUAUUCUCUGCUCACUGUUGUGAAACUCCUCUGCCCUCCUUUUCCUCCUCCCCCGGUGUCAGUUACCCCUCCAGUGUUUUUCUGUGCUUCCUAUAUCCUUGCCUCCCUCCUCUCCCCAGCACCCUCUUUGCCUGUGUAAGUGUAUUUAAAAGACCAUGUAGAUGUGUGCACACUUUCCGAUGUUUGAGACGUACUGAUGACAAAUGCUCCUACAGGAUGAUGACAACAGAAAUAAAGAAAAUAAAAACAGA